AUGGCUUUUUCAAGCAAUGAAGCCUAUUCCAAGUACCUUUACAAGGACCCCAAGAAUGAAAGGACAAAGUACUUCAAUGCUAUAUUGCCAGACAUCUACAAGCAUGCUCAUCCGUUCCUUCUGGGGGUUUCUCUAAAUACCUUUACACAGAAAUAGAGAAAAGGUUUCAGAGAAAGAAGCCAAUUGAAAAGGUCACUCAUAAUGUGGAUAUGCUUUUUGCCGAAAACAAUGAGGCUUCUUGCUUCAAAUUCUUGAGCAUGAACUCAUCAGUACUAAAACGUAAUAAUGCUGAAAUUGCACCCAAAGGUGUUGCCAAAUUAGAAGAAUUUAGUAUGUAAGCUGGAAAAAGAGGAAGAAGAAAUUAAGUCUAAUUUGGCAACACAUUUUGACAAGAAUAAACUGAAAGCUUGGGCUAUUGAACAGCAUCAGUACUCUACAGCGAUACUGGAGGAGGUUGAUCAACUGAGAGCAAAUGUUCAGGAAAAAUUAGAGAAGUUGCUCAGCGUGAAGAAGAGUUUUGAUCGGGUAUUCAAGGGCAUACCAUUAGUAAAUAAGAAAAGCGUCAAGUCUCGAAAACAGAAGGAAAAUAGAAAUAAGCAGGAGAAAAGAAAGAGAAAGCGUCUAAACAGAAUCCAAGAAGAAAUAAAAUGCAAGAUUGUUAAACUAGACUCGUCUAGUGAAAGCAAUCAGUCUGGUAUUAAUAUUUCAAAGUCAAUGCUUCAGUUGGAUGAACUAGACAAACUGAGGGCACACAGACACAAAGCUGGACUAGUAGCACUUGUAAAAAAUGGGAAUUGGGAUCCAGAUGCAAGGAAAUGUGUACUUGCAAAGAGUACUGAAUGGGAGUUAGAAGAAGGAUGCUCUAAAGAUGCCGAAGAACAAGAUGAUGAGCAAGAUGGAGGGGAAAGUAAUGAAGAAGAGUGA